GUUGGUUGCUGCUGCUGGCUUCACUGAGCGAGGUCAGUUGACAGCCUGUCAUCUCAGCCAACAUGCUGUCCCGUUCACGAUGUUUUUCACGGACGCUUGGGCGUUCUGUGUCCGUGUUGUCCCAGAGCAACAAAGCACUUGGGCAACGUAUGGUGUCAGGACUUUCUGCAGGCUGCAGGAUUGUUUACAAGAAUGGAGAAGUGGCUGAACCCAAGGCGGCCGCGAGUGUGUCCCACAUCAGAUACUUCAGGACUUCAACAAGCUUGAAGAAUGAAGUCAUCACGGUCAAAACACCCGCCUUCGCAGAGUCGGUCUCAGAGGGGGAUGUCAGGUGGGAGAAAGCCGUGGGUGACACCGUGGCUGAAGAUGAGGUGGUCUGCGAGAUUGAGACUGAUAAGACCUCUGUGCAGGUGCCCUCUCCUGCUGCAGGUGUGAUCGAGGAGCUGCUGGUUCCCGAUGGAGGACGAGUGGAGGGUGGAACUCCCCUAUUCAAACUCAAGAAAGGAGCUGGAGCCCCAGCGGCGGCCGCAGCCCCGGCCGCUCCUGAACCCAAAGUCGAGGCCCCUGCAGCAGCUGCAGCUCCUCCCCCUCCCCCGACGCCUGUGGUUACGCCCAUCCCCACUGCCAUGCCACCUGUGCCCCCUGUGCCAGGCCAAGCCGCUGAUGCCAAACCUGUUUCUGCAGUGAAGCCCACAGCCGCUCCAGCAGCCGCAGCUGCCCCUGCAGCCACCGCCGGAGCCAGGACGGAGAGCAGGGUGAAGAUGAACCGCAUGCGUCUGAGGAUCGCCCAGCGCCUGAAGGAGGCCCAGAACACCUGUGCCAUGCUCACCACCUUCAACGAGGUGGACAUGAGCAACAUUCAGGAGAUGCGUAAAGUGCACAAAGACGCCUUCCUGAAGAGACACAACAUCAAACUUGGCUUCAUGUCUGCCUUUGUGAAAGCUGCUGCUCACGCCCUCACUGACCAACCUGCUGUCAAUGGCGUUAUUGAUGACACCACCAAAGAGAUUGUGUAUAGGGACUACGUAGACAUCAGUGUAGCUGUGGCGACACCAAAGGGCCUGGUUGUACCAGUCAUACGGAACGUCGAGGGCAUGAACUUUGCAGAUAUUGAGAAAACCAUCAACGCACUGGGAGAGAAGGCGCGCAAGAACGAGCUGGCGGUGGAGGACAUGGACGGGGGCACCUUCACCAUCAGCAACGGCGGCGUGUUCGGCUCCAUGUUUGGCACGCCCAUCAUCAACCCCCCGCAGUCGGCCAUCCUGGGCAUGCACGGCAUCUUCGACAGGCCCGUGGCCAUCAAUGGCAAGGUGGAAAUCCGGCCCAUGAUGUACGUGGCCUUGACGUACGACCAUCGGUUGAUUGACGGCAGAGAGGCGGUGACCUUCUUGCGCAAGAUCAAGGCUGUGGUGGAAGACCCCCGAGUUCUGCUCCUUGACAUGUAAACCCUCUCCCUUCCCUUCCUAAGUCGGGGGGUGUGGCACGGUUGCCCAUUUUCUCCUAGUACAUAUAUAUAUAUAUCAACACACUAUUAAACACACGUGAUGCCAACUCCACACGCUGUGACAAACAUUUUGUGGACUUUGUGUAGCCCUCUGGUGAGCCUUUCUAAACGACGUUGAGGCGUGACGCGCAUCUCCAAAAGCUGUAAGAUAAAUAACUUGAGCAAGAAACGAAGGAAUGAGUUGGUGUUUUCAUCUGGGCUAUGCAUUGUUUCAAAGGGACAUCAUUAAAAAAGGACCAUCUCCUGCUAAGUAAAGACCCCUUAAAAUGUCAGUAGCGUAAUUGCUCCCCUACUUUGUUUAGAAAAGCGUUAAAGGCAUGACUGCACAAGGUCUUGGCCGGCGAUGAUUCAUAAUUAUGAGGGAGUUUUAAAAGGAAAAAAAAAUGUCAGCGUUUUGGCUUUUUUUUUGUUAACGGCUGGUGUCAUGUUGUGUUUUAUGGUGACUUAAAAACAUGGCUUGUCUAAAUUCUCAGAUUGCUCCCUCCAAAGGACAGAACAAAAAAAUGUCAUCUUCAUGCUGAAAUGCUCUGGUUUUUAAAAUUGUAAAGAAGCAAAAGAAAAUGAGAUGAAAUGUAAGCUUUUUCUUUUGUUUGGCUGUCAUCUCUGUAGUCAGAAGAGGUGGUUCUAUUACGACGCCUAAUGUACCACACAAAGACCGUAGCAGACGUUUUUCAAUCUAUGGAUGAAUCUGAAGUCUUCACUCAUUUACUAUAUAGUGCUUUGUAUAGGGAACAAAGCAAAUAAACUCUUAUCCUAUGUCGAGAACUGGUUAGUGAACGAGUGAACAUUUCUUUUGGAAGUUGAUCCAUAGAACAUUGCGUAGCAUGCAUGCACAUACGAGCACUACAAAUGUACUGUAAGCCAAUAGUAAAUUGUUAGUGACAAAUUGGGAGGAACGUUAGCACUUAACAUGUCUGCAGUAGUGACGCAGGAUCUUAUUGGGACGUUUCUUCAAUUUGGUGCUGAACUCCAACCUGUACAGUGAACCUUGCCACAAAAGCCUCUCUUCUCUUUUCACCGACUGGAGCUGGUUUCAGAAAUGCACAACCCCUGAAAUGUCUGAACAAUUUUUGUGUGGUUUAAAAAAAAAUCUCAACUUAUUGCAUAAAUGGCGUUUUGCUUUA